AUGUCGUGGGCAGGCUUCAAGAAAGGCGUCAACCGCGCCACGACGCAGGUGAUGAUGAAGACUGGCCAGGUCGAGAGGACGAACGACCGGGACUACGAGGUCGAGGAGAGGAGGUACCGGACAAUGGAAUCGGCCGCGAACAGGUUGCAGAAGGAGGCCAAGGGCUAUCUGGACAGCUUGCGAGCCAUGACAGCAUCACAAAUGAGGAUAGCGGAGACAAUCGACGCAUUCUACGGCGACGCUGGUACCAGAGAUGGCGUCUCACGAUCCUACAAGCAGGCCGUCGAAGAUUUAGACGCCGAAACCAUCAAAGCGCUUGAUGGCCCCUACCGAGCAACUGUCCUUGAACCGAUCUCCCGCUUCUGCGCAUACUUCCCUGACAUUAACGAAUGUAUCAAGAAACGAAACAACAAACUCCUCGAUUACGAUUCCAUGCGUUCCAAGGUCAAGAAACUCGUCGAAAAACCCGACAAAGAUGUUACCAAACUACCUCGUGCGGAAAAAGAAGCCGAAAUGGCGAAGCAAGCGUACGAACAACUUAACGAACAACUCUUCACCGAACUCCCUCAACUCAUCGAUCUCCGUGUUCCCUACCUCGACCCCAGCUUUGAAGCACUCGUCAAAAUCCAACUCCGGUUCUGCGCAGAAGCAUACAGCCGCAUGGCACAGGUGCAGCAGUACUUGGAUCCAGAAACUAGAGAACAAUAUGCACGUGGAGACCUGGAUAAUCGUGUUGAGCAAGUUCUCUCCGAGAUUCGAGAUUUGACCAUUGCUGGAACUGUCUAA